GCUUCAUUACUCUCACAUCUACUUUCUGAUCCCUUGUGCAUCAAUUCUCACACCACAUACUCUACUCAUACUUUCUUACAUUAAUGAGCACGAAUUGCAAACAAACAAUCGCAGCCAAAACCAAAAUCAGAGCCGCAUCGUGGCCGGCACAAAAAUGGCUCGCACACUACCUUCACUUUCCGCUAAGGACGACAAGAAACCUAAACUGCCAAGAAUAGGAAAGAACCAAAGAAUCCAAAAGCGACCCCUUCUGCACCCCGCAAUCGCGUCACCCCGCUCCUCUUCCGAGAAAGUCGUGUACGUCUCUGACAAAUCGCAAUUCAUUGCCAUCGUGAAACGAGUCCGUAAAUACCUAGAUGGCGCAGAAUUUCGUGCCGGGCCUACAGUUUUGCCUAGUACAGACAGAGAGUUGAUGAGAGAAAUCGAAGAAGGCAUUAAGACAAGUAGGAUGGAAAGAAAAUCAGGGAGUGGUAAUGGCGAAGAAGUAGUAAUGAAAGGAACGGGGAAAGCAAUUGAGAAAACCUUAAUGUUAGCGCAUUGGUGGCAGCAACAAGAAGGUGUAAGAGUGGUAGUUAGGACGAAGAGUGUAGCGACUGUUGACGAUAUUGUGGGAAUUGACAAUAAGGAUGACGAUAUGGAGGAGAGUGAGAGCAGGGUCAGGAGGGUUAGUGUGCUGGAAGUUGCCGUUUCCUACAUUUGAUUGACGGAUUCAAUUUAAUUGAAAGCAGAUCUCGCGACCAAGAGAAUGAAUCUUGCAGCAGAGCCGAGUUUGUUGGAUUAUUUGGGUUUGGAGUUUAAGUAUGGAGUCAUGGUACAUUGCAAAAAGGCGCAACGAUAUGGAAUACUUGGAAUGGACUGGUGCUAGAUACCAAAACGAAAUGUACAUGACUAAAGCUUGGAUUGUAAUGUACGAAUGAACGUAAAAUUGUGCACUCGAGGGGCCCUGUUCCUA